AUGUCAUCGCUGGACUUGAUGACAAAAGAGUGUUUAGCAUCUGGGACCCUGUCCUCGGCCUCCCUCAGAAGAAGGUUCAUAAAGAAGAGGAGGGUCGCUCCCUGGACGCAGCAGGAUGCGGACAGCGACUGUCAGCUGUGCAGGUGCUCCAUAUUUUCCCUGUCUGGCAGUAGUCGCUCUGUUCGUCGGAUUUUGACAGCCUGCAUCAUCUCUUUCCUGGCCCUGCUUGGCUCUGUAUCCAUAGACCUCAGCUCCAACUUUGACCUGCUGCACACAGCAGAGGCUGCUUACGACGAGCUUACUUCAUGCAGGACGAUUGCUAUCCUGCAACUCGUCAGGACAGAGAUUCUGUCUGGGUCUCACACGGGAGUUCAGGCUCUGACAUACACUCAAAAGUGCCUGUUUGACCGCGCGGUGCCAGCUCUCAGGUUGGCAUCUCGAUCCGUGUCUUCGGGUCUCAGUAUGAGGGUCUGCCUGUUGUCCAUAGCCUGCCUCAUCUACCCGGUAGUGAUGUUCUCAUUCAAGCAGAUGACCGCGUGGAUACAGAACUACGCCCGGAGUUUGAAGGAUAAGACAGAGGACCUGAAGCGCCAAAGGCAGUUGGCUGAGGAUCUGCUUCACCAAAUGCUACCCAAGUCAGUCGCCAAGCAGCUCCGCCAGCAGAAACAUGUUGAGGCAGAGAGCUAUGAAAAGGUGACCAUUUUUUUCUCAGACAUUGUGGGCUUCACCUCUAUCUCUGCAUCCUGUGCUCCUCUUCAAGUGGUGGAGAUGCUAAACAACCUCUACAUGUGCUUUGACACACGUAUAGACUCCUACGAUGUCUACAAGGUGGAGACAAUUGGGGAUGCAUACAUGGUUGUGAGCGGUCUGCCUGAGAGGAACGGAGAUAGACAUGCUGAUGAGAUCGCGAAGAUGGCGCUGGAUCUGGUAGCAGCCGUCAGACAGGUCUCCGUCCCUCACAUGCCCUCCACAACCUCGCCCCUCCAUACAUCUGUGAACCACAGGCUGCAGCUCCGAGCCGGUAUCCACACAGGUCCAUGUGUGGCGGGAAUAGUGGGCUACAAGAUGCCAAGAUACUGUCUGUUUGGAGACACCGUCAACACAGCCUCUAGAAUGGAGUCCACCAGCCUGCCUCAGAAAAUCCACACCAGCUCAGAAACCUACUUGGCUCUGAUCAAAGACAACGCCUACGAGCUGCAGCUCCGUGGAGAGAUUGAUGUUAAGGGUAAAGGAAAAAUGAACACAUACUGGCUGAUUGGCCAUAAGAACUACAGUGUGCAGAAUGACAGUCUGGUUUGCCACUGGAAUCCCAACAUGGCCAGAAAGAAGAAGACGGUGGCAGGCAGUGAUAUCUCUGUGGGCAAUUGUUGAUCCAAACCCCCCCUCACCCCGGGACAGACAAGCCCAGCCAGAGCGUGGCGGCUCAGAUGGAGCCUCGCGGCGGCAGCUACGGUACCCUGGGCUCCAUGAUCGGGGGCUUCAGGGAGGGGAUGAGAGCCCUCUGUCCAGCCAGCGUAGGAGCAGCAAUGGGCUCAAACCCGAACUGCUGCUGGGCUCCAACCUCCACGUGUAACCAGCUCAGGACUUCAGUAACCACGGGAACAUCAAUUAACCGAGGAGAAUUGCGGAGAUUCGAUUGUAGUAGAUAGUGUAAUAACUGCUGAAUAAUGUGAUUACUUGCAACCCUAAAGGAAUAGUCCAGUUCAUAUUUGCUUCUUGAAUUUUUAAACAUAUGAGUUGGAAAUCGAGUUUAACAUGAAUCACCUGAUCUCAUAGCUGAUAUAAUAGCUUAACUUUUUUAGGAGUAGUAGGGAUUU